AUGCCAGCCAAGUACCAUAAUGCUAUUCCCGACUACCCACAAACCAUACAGCCUUUGCGAAACGGUUCUGUCUAUUAUCUACGUACUACUAACCGCUGGAGGUGGAUGCGCCUAAUACUAGCCAAGUACCACAAUGCUAUUCCCGACUACCCACAAACCAUACGUGGAUGGUGUUCGAUUCCACCAAAAACCCAAAUGCAGCUAGCGCCCAAUGCCAGCCAAGUACCACAAUGCUAUUCCCGACUACCCACAAACUAUACAGAUGCAUACAAUAUUACAGAAUCUAGCUUGCAGAGCCUUUGCAAAACGUUUCUGUCUAUUAUCUACCUACUACUGACCGCUGGAGGUGGAUGGUGUUCGAUUCCACCAAAAACCCGAAUGCAGCUAGCGCCCAAUGCCAGCCAAGUACCAUAA